UGGCUCUCUAUCAGGAAAAGGGAGGAGAGACAGAGCCAGAUUAGCCGGGACUAUGGACAGUGAUGGACCUCAACCGGAGUUGUUCCGUGAAACUGAAUGAUGGGCACAUCAUGCCUGUGCUCGGGUUUGGCACUCUUGCUUCUAAUGACGUUCCUAAAAGCAAGGCCGGUGAGGCCACCAAAGUGGUGAUUGACGUAGGUUUCCGACACUUCGAUGCAGCAUAUGUCUAUCAAAAUGAGGAGGAAGUCGGCAAGGCCAUUCGAGAGAAGAUUGCUGAAGGCACCGUGAAGAGAGAGGACACAUUCUACACCACCAAGCUUUGGACUACUUUCCGUUGCCCGGAAUUGGUUCGACCAGCCCUGGAAAGAUCACUGAAGGCACUUCAGCUGGACUCUGUGGAUCUCUUCAUUACAUUUGCCACUCGCCAUGAAGAUUUGUUAAGCAUCCAGAUUAUCCACUUUUUGAUGAGAAUUGACAACAGUGUCUGGUUGCUCCAGAGUUCUUUGACUCUGGUUGAUGACUGGCAAACAACUCACCGAUGA